AGGAGAGAGCAAGUUUGCAGCGUAGCCCCGCUCAUUGGCAGGGGUUCCCCUAUCACUCUGUCUUUAGACUGUCUGUGCACAGAGAAAAAAAUCGGAAAAGUGAUUGAUGAUGCAAUUUUAGGAGGUGUGGCAAUUUUUUUUGGAAAAUUCGUCAUUGUUAAAUUUUCACUUAAAAAUAAGGAAUUGGAGCUCGCUGGGUCUUGACCGAGAGGAAGAGGAGAGCGAGCACUGUUCCAGCUAUCUCGAUAGCAUGGCGGUCGAGAGGAACAGAAGGAUUUUGCAGGAUUUUCAGGCAAAUCCGAGCAACCAGACGUGUGCGGAUUGCGGAGCGGACGAUAACGACUGGGCAUCAUACACGCUUGGAAUUUUUAUCUGUUUAAAUUGCUCAGGAAUUCAUCGAAAUAUCCCUAAAGUUAGCAAAGUGAAAUCCGUUCGAUUAGACGCCUGGGAGGAUGAAGAAAUUAAGUUUAUCACCUCCAAUGGGAACAGCAUAGCCAAAGCAAUAUAUGAAUCAAAGUUGCCGCCAUUCUAUUACAGACCAACAUUUACAGAUUGCCAAGUGCUUCGGGAACAGUGGAUUCGCGCCAAAUAUGAGAGAAAGGAGUUCAUCUACAUUGAUAAACAAGAGCCUUACUCUGCAGGUUACAGAGAAGGCUUCCUGUGGAAACGAGGGCGAGACAACGGUCAGUUCUUAAGCAGGAAGUUCAUUUUAUCCGAGCGGGAAGGUGUCCUGAAGUAUUUUAACAAACACGAUGCAAAAGAACCAAAAGCCAUUCUAAGGCUGGAACAGAUCAAUGCCACCUUCCAGCCAACAAAAAUAGGGAAUCCAAAUGGAUUGCAAAUUACAUAUUUAAAAGACAACAGCACGAGGAACAUAUUUGUCUAUCACGAGGAUGGAAAGGAGAUUGUUGACUGGUUCAACGCAAUCCGAGCAGCGCGCUUCCAUUACUUACAAGUGGCGUUCCCAGGAGCCAGUGAUGCUGAUCUGGUGCCAAAACUGACCAGGAAUUAUGGGAAGGAAGGAUAUAUGGAGAAAACGGGUCCAAAGCAAACAGAAGGGUUCAAGAAACGAUGGUUCACAUUAGACGACAGGAGGCUGAUGUAUUUUAAAGACCCGCUGGAUGCCUUUGCUCGGGGUGAGGUGUUCAUUGGCAGCAAGGAGAACAGCUACAGUGUCUUAGACGGUCUUCCACCAACCAUCCAAGGAAACCACUGGCAAUAUGGAAUCACCAUAGUAACCCCUGACAGGAAGUUCCUGUUUGCAUGUGAAACUGAGGACGAGCGGCGAAUUUGGAUGGAAGCUUUUCAGAAAGUUAUCGACAGGGCAAUGUUGCCCCAGGAGUAUGCAGUGGAAGCACAUUUUAAGCACAAGCCGUAAGUGAACCCUUGAUUUUGGAGGCUGUGACUACACUGGCAACAUCACCUGGCCCUCAUGGGUCGCACCGGAAUAUGAAUUGUUUGGUAUUUGUGCAGCAGUCUGUUCCCCUCUCUCUCUUUCCCUCCAACCCUCGAAUUUCAGCCUUGCCUCCCAAACCCCAGCCACCUCCCCCACGCUCUCCAGUGGGUGGGGAGGGGUAGGGUAGAGAUGUCCAUCAGAAGACAACUGGACUGUGGCAGGAAGUGAGGUUGAAAGUGAUAUGCAUGUGUCCCUAACCAAGAGCAUGAAUUUUGGGGAACUCCCAAAACCAGGCUACAAUUCACACACCAUUCUGCAUGACUAAUUCUAAUCAUUAAUAGUUAAUCCCUGAAUGCUCCUGCCACAAUAAGACACUAUAAAUCCAACAUAAAAAGCUGUUUUAAAGAAAAAUCAUUCUCUUGGUCUACGUAACUACCUAUUGUGUCAAUUUUCCACAAAUCACCGAUAAGAAAUGGGCAUUGCUCUUUAAACAAUUUUACUUGAGUAUUUGAAGUGAAGAUUAAAGUGAACUGUGUAACCUUUAACCAAUCUAUGUGAGGGAAAACAAGCUUCCAGUGUCCAUAAAGAGAUUUUGUGUUCAUUGUAUUUGUGGCUAUUCAUCUACAAGACUUGAUUUUUAAAAAAUUCUCCUCAAUAAGCAUUUUCUUCAGGCUGUUGAGAAAAAGCUGGUGUUAGUGCAAAUGAAAUAUUGUAACUUGAUGAAAGCUAGUAUGUCUCAGUGGUAUUGCUUUCUUCCAUAAAAUGAUACUGCUUGAAUUAAAUUGUGUCUAGCUGUUUGCAGAGGGCAUGUCCUCAAAGAGACGUCUACUGCCGUUAAAUAGUACAAUGCUAGUUACUCGGAAUUGCUGAGUUUAAAGCUUUUAGUGAUAUGUCGUGUUUAGUGAAGUCUGUGACAGAUUAUAGUGUAAUAUAUAAUUACCAUGCUAAACAUUGUAAAAAAAACUUUCUACAUUCUUCCAAACGUCAUCUUUUAAGUGUGCAUUUCUUGUUUAGAAUUGAUGUAAAGAAAAUCUGAAAAUUAAGUUGUGAAUAAGUUUCUGUAAUUACUUCAACUGUUAAUUUUUAUUCAUUUGAGUGCAGCCAUUUUGACAGUGCAGUUGCAUUAAAUAUUACACUAAACUUAUUCUUAGUACAACAGUGGGACCAGUACUUUUUGCUGAGACAUAGAUAGUCUCAACCCAAAUCAUUAAAAAUCCCUGAAGUUCCAAAUAGAAGUAGCAUUCUUUCACAGAAGUUGUAUAAUAAGUUAACAUGGUUGUUACAUGCAAGCAGGGCUUGAGUUUCAACAUGAAUAUGUCAAAUGUAAUGGUUUUCAGAUGUUGGUAGAAAGAUUGGCGUGAUGCUCAGAUGCAUCCCAGGAUACGUGGGGACACGUCAUUGGGUGUUUAGGGGCAACAUCAUACACCGUGGCCCAGGCGACCCAGCCAGGGUUGAUCAGGCCCUGACUUGUGCCCCAGCAGCUUUGGUCCACGGUCACACCUCUUGAAUGUAGUUCUCAACCUUGGAAGAGAAAGUGAGCCAAUGUUGAGUUUAACGGCUUGAUGGCAUGAAAAUUAGAUUGUGUCAAUUGAUGCAUAAGAAAAUUGCUUACACAGAAAUCACUGGGAGCAGUGUCAUCAGAUAGCUGAUGUCAAAUUUGCACUCAUUGAUGUCAGCAGCCUUCAGAAAAGCCUCAGAGGAUUUGUUAGAUCAUUUCUCUUUACAGCUAUCAAGUAAGUGUCAAUUAAUUGAGAUAAGUGUGUUCUCUCUUUAAUUACAAAUCUAAAGUAAACUUUUCAGAUUCUAAUUUAUAUAUUUAAAGUCAGGUGCAAUCCAAGUUAUUUCACACUUUUCCCUCCCUCUUUAAAGUGAUGAUGUGCUAAACUCUUGUGUAGCUAAAUCUUCCUUUUAUUUCUUUCUUCUUCUUCGAUACCAUGAUUCCCCACCCCCCAAUUGACCUGCCAGGUAACAUGUUUUUUUAAAGAUAUUUAAUGUUACAACACUGACAAAAGUAAGCUGGUUAAUCGCGGAGGAGCAUAAACUAGUGAGCUAAAUACUUGAACAGGAAAGUUAUUGUAAAGAAUGAGAUGAAAUCCCAAUCAUUGCAAUAACACAAAGGAUAGGAUUAUUUGAAACAUAAAUGUAUUCAUGUUAAUUCCUUUAAUAUUUACAUUUGACUAUGGAAACGCACAAUCUACAAUGGAGAAAAUAGUGCUGAAAUGAAAUGCUUAUUAAAAAUUUUACUUUGUAUGUGUAUUCCUUAUAAUCGGGAAAAAGAAGUCAUGAUUCUGCUGCAGAAAUGAGAUGUUAUAGUAACUACAUUUUUUUCUCUAAUUUUAACUCUUGCUUUCAACAAAAGCUUGUAGUUAAGGCAACCUGUGAUUCAAGGUACUAUUCCUUUGGUAAUGCUGAUACAUGCUUUAUAACCUGCCACAGUAUGCAAGGAGAUUGUAUGUUCUGCCCAUGACCAUGUGCGUUUCCUCUGGAUGCUCCAGUUUCCUCUCAGAUUCCAAAGACAUAUAUGGGUUAGUAGGGUAAAUUGGUCACAUAAGUGUAAUUGAGUGGCCUGGGCUCGAAUACCCAGAAGGGCCUGUUUACCAUACUGUAUCUCUAAAUAAACUAAAAACAAUGUGCUGGAAAUGACAGUAGGUCAAACCACAUCUGCAAGUAAUGGCAUUGGUAUUUCAGGUCAAAGACCCUUUGGCAGAACUGGGACUGUGGGAAAAUUAAUUGAAAAUUGGAGACAAAAUGGGGGAUUAGGUUUAGGGAUAGGGAAUACCUUUGAUGGGUUGAUGGGUCCCUAUUGUCCUGGUGAUAAGGUGUUGAUGAAGCCAUCUGAUUGAAGGGUUAAUAAGGGGAGUUAGAAUGUUCAAUGUUAAUCGAGAGAGGGGACACUGAACCAACAUUUACAGAUGCUUAACCUACAGAAUUGGCCAGUUCUGAUGCAGAGAGAAUGUGUUGAGAAUUUGAUACCAAGUCCUGAAGGCUAUAGGUUGACUAGACAGAAGAUGAGGUCUUUGUUUCUCAAGCUCAUAUUGAGCCUCAUUUUAACAUUGCAGGCUGGGUACAGAAUGGAGAGCCACUUUUAUACAUUGGGACCACCAGCGUUAACAAGUCACAGACUGUACCAUUGAUUGGCCAAGCCUUGAUUGGUUUUUGAUGCAAACGCUACUCCUUUCCCAACGGCAUGUUUCAGUAUGGUUACUCAUCACCAUUCAUUCUGUCAAUGAAUAACACUGUCAUGGUUUGUAAUUGUUUUCCUGUAAGAUGACAAAUGUAUUAGUAUAUAUUA